AUGCCCGGCACCUCGGAUUUCUCCUCUCACAAUCAUCACCAUCACCUUUACACUAGCCCGUUGCAGGAUAACUAUCGCGAUGACCGCUUCGGCGAAUGGAUACCUGCCCAAACGAAGAUAGUGUGCUUUGGAGUGUCCUUGCUUUUGGGCUACUAUAUUUUCAAGUACCUUGACCUCAUUGUUUCCACCCUCCUCCAAACUGUUUGGAACAUCAUCGUCUUCAUUACUCCAUCACGCAUUAUUUUUGCUUUAGAUAAGGGAGCAGCUUUUGACGAGGAUACUGAGUUGGCCGCAACCUCGUUGACACGUGAAGCUCUACACUCCGCAAAAAGCGUUGCAAUGCAGAGGAUCCUGGGUUUGGAUGCGAAUUCGUUGCUCACAACACUUCCGCGGGGAAGGAGCCUCUCGGGAAUCGGGCAAGCCUUUUUGGGCCUCAAGGAAGCUUGCCCUCCAGGACUUGGCAAUUGGGAUAACUCGUGCUAUCAAAAUAGCAUAAUCCAGGGAUUCGCUUCGCUUCGUGCAUUGGAUAAGUUUUUGGAAGAAAAUCUUCGCGAGUUAGGGGACCGUGAUCCCUUUUAUACUCAUCUUGCGCUAAAAGAAAUCAUCGACAAACUGAAUAGCCCCUCAUAUGGGGGUCGAAAGCUAUGGACGCCUCCGGAACUGAAGUCAAUGAGCAGUUGGCAACAACAAGAUGCGCAAGAAUACUUUUCGAAAGUGAUUGACCAGGUAGACAAAGAAAUUCGCCGUGCUUCUAAAGGUUUAACAAGUGAUGUGGGACUUAGAUUUGUUGAUGCGGAGCGCAAUAACCACAGGGGUGGUCCCGUUCCAGCAUAUGAAACAAGACAGAUCAACGAUGAACACAAGCCCCCUAGGGAUGGAGAGUACAAACGCAGUACUCUCCUCAACCCGCUUGAGGGUCUCCUUGCUCAACGCGUUGGAUGUAUGAGAUGUGGAUGGACAGAAGGACUUUCCGUUAUUCCCUUUAACUGUCUGACAGUGUCCCUGGGCUCUAACUGGGAGUACGAUAUUCGAGAAUGCUUGGACGAAUAUACCACUUUGGAGGCUAUUGAGGGUGUUGAAUGCGCUAAAUGUACACUUCUACGAACUGAAGGUCAGCUGGGGCAGCUGUUGCAACAGAUUGAUUCGGAUGCGGAGCUCGAAGAGGGAGCCAGCACACCUCGGUUGACGGAAGCUUUACGAAGUUCCGCGGAAACAAGAUUAAAGGUUGUCCAGAAAGCUCUUGAGAAUGAUGACUUCUCUGAAAAGACAUUAUCUGAGAAGUGCCAUAUUCCCGCGCGGAAUCGUGUUUCGUCCACCAAAUCAAGACAAGCAGUCAUUGCAAGAGCACCAAAGUCCCUUGUUAUCCACGUGAACCGGAGUGUAUUCGACGAAAUAACGGGCAUACUCAGAAAGAACUAUGCUGAUGUAAGGUUCCCGAGGAUUUUAGAUCUUGAUGAAUGGUGUUUGGGGUCUAAAUCGGCGGGGAAAAACGAUGAGACAGAAUCUUGGUGCAUGGAUCCUUCAAAAUCCAUGCUUUCUCGCCCUGGAACCAACACAAAUAUUCCCCACAGACGCUACGAGCUGCGGGCUGUGAUAACUCAUUACGGGCGACAUGAGAAUGGACACUACAUUUGUUAUAGAAAGUAUUCAGUCAAGUCAUUCCCGGCUACUGUUCCACAAGCUGUCAUAGAUGCGGACGGGGAGAAGGAGGUCGCAGAGCGCUGGUUCAGGCUCAGUGAUGAAGAUGUCAGUCUAGUUAGUGAGAAAAAUGUUCUUUCUCAGGGCGGUGUAUUCAUGUUGUUUUACGAGUGUGUCGAGCAACCGCGUUAUGCACCAACUGGAUCUGUGGAUGAGAAACAACCUGGGCAAGAAGACAUCUCCCUCAAGGAAAUUUCGUUCAAUUCUCAAGGAGAAGCAGGUGGAAUCCUACGCACGGGUGACGUUGAACUUGAUAAGACGGAUAAAACGGAAAUUCGACCGGAGUCUUCUGGAACAUCAACUGGCUCUGUGACUGGCCAUUAUUCGCAGGAUUCUGACCUCUCUGAUACAUCGACCUCCUCGUCAUUUUCCAAUGAAAACCACUCUGUUGUGGCUGAUAAAAUUCAGCCUGCCCCAACUAUGAAGACGGCCGCGACACCAUUUGAAGGUAACCAGGUGACCCAUUCCAACGUGGACACUGGCCCUUCAAUGGUCAAGGCAUUGUAAUGAAUCAUGAACAAGCAAACCCCAUUUUGGUGUUCUAUUUUAUUACUCGGCGUUGUAUGUAUGUCUUGAUAACUGGCAAGGGGCCUUCGGUUCCGAUGGUUAAAUGGAGCUUUGAUUAUUAUGGUUUGUACUGUAUUGGGGGAGACGGGAAUGGUGCUGGUGUAUCCCGCUAGACUUUCCAAUGUACAUUUCCCUCCUUUUUUUUUUCAUUC